AUGGCGAGCGACAAUAAUCUCUGGAGCUUGGUUCGCGAACUCCGUCAACGCGUCGCCGCAUCCUCCUCUACUCCGGCAAACAACCUUCGUCACUCUACCGGAGACGACGACGAUGCUCUUGAGAUUCGAUUUCGGGCUGUAAUCCCAAAUCUUUUGAAUACCUACGUCGUUCCUUCUCUCGGCAAUGGAAGGGAAGUUACAGCUGUUCUAAAGCUUGUUGGUCACACAGCAAGGAAUAAUCCAGGAGUUUUCUAUCACGGAAAUCCUGCUGCUAUUUUCCCUGUGAUUAGUCAUAUUAUGCCCUUCUUUGCAGAACCAGCAUUUGUUCCUGGGCAUGGAGUAAUACUUGAAACUGUUGGAUCUCUCUUGAUGUUGCUACGUUCCAACACAAGGGAGGCGUACAAGAUGUUCUUCCAUGACGCUAUGCAGGCCAUUAUAGAUAUGCAACCCAUUACAUCACUUCAUUCCAAUGACCCGGAACUCUGUGUAUCUCACAUUCCAUUUAGGGGUUUCUGUAUGUCCUUUUCUGCAAUCUGGGGUGAUUCUUCUCAUCUCUGUGAUCUGCCAGAUACUAAUAAGCCCAGAGAUGGGGAUGGUCUUGUGUUGAAUGUAUUGGGAGCCAAACGAUGGCAACCUUUUGCUACUUGUAUCAUUAAACUCAUCUGUAAAUGCCUAACUGAGGGGACACUCUACGUCGAGGGUCUCAUCCAUACAUCAUUUGUUAAGGCUGCUUUUUCUUUAGUAUGCUUUGGUGGUGCAGAUGUGCAGAUGGCAUGCUUUGAAUUUGCUUCUCUUGUCGGAUCAAUCAUUAGUUUCAACAUCCUCCCUCAUGUGAAAUUGCUACAGUCAAUCAUCCUCCUUUUAAGUGCAGAUGAAGAAGGACUUCCUGUGUACAGGAACGCGAUUUAUGAUUCUGCCAUCGGACGCUGCCUUACGGCAGUGUAUUCCAACUGUUCUGAUGUCGCUGUCAAACUUACUGCAGAAAGUUUAGUGUUUGUAUUUCCUCAUGCAUUACAGAGAACAAAGAGUGAGGAGCUUAAGGCUUCCCUGUGCAGUGCAUAUGUGCGGAUUGUGAAUUCUUGUCCUCCUCGAAUCUGGAAGCUACAUUGCCUUCUAGAGUUGCUUCACCUUUCAGAACCUUGUUUUCACUUGAUAGAAUGUUUUAAAGCAGUUUUUUUUGUUCUUGGACCUGAUUUUGUUCGAGGUGAGACAACCAAAGGCGGUAGUCAUACAUCAGCAGCAAGUGAUAUACUUGUCCAAGGUAUUCACGUUGGAAAAAAAAGACAUAUUGAGGAUGGAAGUACCUACAAAAGGAAGCGCCAGAAAGUUGGUGCUGAUACUCAAAAAGGGGUUUACUUUGCUUCUGAAGUUGUCCAUGAGACUGAUGGAAAAGAUGAUGCUAGUCUGCGUGAGAUGAUUAUUUCAACUGUAGAAUCUUUAAAGCCUCCACCUGCUGGACCUAGUCUGUUACGGCCUGAAAUUUCAAUAGUGGCACUUAGCAUGCUGACCGAUGCAUUUGUUUCUUGUCCCUGGACUGGAAUGACUUAUAGCUUGUUUCACCAGAUGUAUGCCUGGAUUCCCUGGAUAGCUGAGCAGGUUGAGAAAAAAAAUCCUAUCAUAUUCGAUAUUUCUACUUACUUGGAAGGAAUUCACAAUGUGCUGCUCGUGCCUGAUUUGGAUUUACAAUAUGAAUAUACAAGUAAGGGGAAUUAUUUGAAUGCCAUACAAGUCAUACUGAAGCUUCCUUGGACGCACUUUCUGCUGUUUAAGAAGCCUAGCUCUCUAUUUAAGUCUAAGUGGUUAUCUGUGGGGAUAUGGGCAAAGCUUGGCUUACGUGACGGGAGUGGUUUUGAUAUCUUCAACAUGGCUAUUUCUGAUGAUUUUGAACAAGUGCGAGCUGUCGCUGUUAUCUCCAUGCCACUCAAAGUUCUUUUCUCUGAUCUUGAUGCUCUUCCUCAUAUAUUCCAAAGGCUGGAGCAUCUGUUGAAAGAAGAGCAUUUGAUGGUUAAGAAGACCAUUCCUCAGUCUCUUGGCUUCUUAUCGUGCCUAUAUGGAUCAAGUACUACUGGCUCAGAAAAAACUGCAUGCUAUUUAAACCUACAUGUAGAUAUAAAGAAAGACGAGACUCUGAAUUGUCUACUUCAAGGAUUCCAAUGUUCAAAGUGUGAUAAAUUUAUCAAAAGCAAAGAUGAGAAGAAUUUCAGAAUCAUAGAGACUCCGGAGAUGGUGAAAAUGGAAAUGGAUCAUCAUCGUGAAUACUCUAACCUUCAUUCAUUAUAUUUUCGUCUUCUCUAUGAUGAGUCUUCUGAAGAGACUCAACUAGCCUGUGUGGCAGUAAUACGAAGAAUCCUUGGCCACACAGCCCCAGAUAUUCUGGUCAGAACAAGGUCUCAAUGGAUAAGAUGCCUUCAAUAUCUGUUACUUCAUGUAAAUACAGAUGUAAGGGAAGCAUUCUGUGCCCAGAUUGGUAUCUUUGUACAGCAUCCUAUCCUGAGCUGUUUGUUUCUUGAUGAAGAUGCUACGGAGAAAAGUUGCGAAAGGAAUUUCUUUAAUCUGAUUGAGCAUGCUCUAGCUAAAGCUAAGGAUCUUCUUGUCAUCCACACUCUCAUGGAAACGACGGCUGAAGUUAUGGGAGCUGUUGAUAUUACCAGUGAGCUUUUCUUGUUUUCUCUUUUCUUGCUGAUUGAUCAGCUUGAUCAUCCAAACUUGAGCGUCCGAAUAAUUGCGUCAACGUUAAUAAAUCGGUCAUGCGACAUCCAUGUGAAAGGGGGAUUUGCGAUGCUACUUUCCGGAGCUGCUCAUGUUCAAAAUGAGUUGUUUGAUAAUCUCUCUGGCAGGCUGACCAGCCGCCCAAAUGUGGUAAGGGAAUUUGCAGAGGCUGUUUUGGGUGUUGAAACUGAAGAACUUGUAGGGAAAAUGGUCCCUGUUGUUCUUCCUAAGCUCUUGGUAUACUGGCAGGGAAAUGCUCAAGCUGCCAAUACCUUGAAUGAACUGGCCAAGUUAUUAGACACAGAUGUGGUACCUCUAAUAGUAAAUUGGCUACCCAGAGUUCUUGCUUUUGCUCUGAAUCAGAAAGAAGAGAAGAAUCUGCUCUCAGUUUUGCAAUUGUAUCACUCACAUAUUGGUUCUGACAACAAAGAAAUAUUUGCUGCUGCAUUACCUGCACUCUUAGACGAGCUCGUUUGCUUUGUGGACAUUGCUGAUACACCCGAGACAGAUAGACGGCUACAGAGACUGCCUGAGGCAAUAAAGAAAAUCUCAAAAGUUUUAACAAAUGCAGAAGAUCUUCCUGGAUUUUUACAAAACCAUUUUGUUGGACUCCUUAACAGUAUUGACAGAAAAAUGCUUCAUGCAGAUGAUAUUUUCCUUCAAAAGCAAGCAUUGAAGCGUAUUAAGCUGCUCAUUGAGAUGAUGGGCCACUAUCUCAGCACAUAUGUGCCAAAGCUUAUGGUUCUCCUAAUGCAUGCCAUUGACAAAGAUGCACUUCAGAGCCAGGGUCUCUUGGUCUUGCAUUUUUUUACAGAAAAGUUGGCUGCCAUAUCGCCAUCUAGCAUAAAGCAUGUGAUUUCUCAGGUUUUUGCGGCACUUAUACCCUUCUUAGAGAGGGAGAAGGAAGGUCCCCAUGUUCAUCUAGACCAAGUAGUGAAAAUUCUGGAAGAACUUGUUUUGAAGAAUAAAGAUAUACUAAAGCAGCACAUCUGUGAGUUUCCCCUCUUACCAAGCAUACCUUCUUUAGCAGAAUUGAACAAUGCUAUUCAAGAAGCACGUGGAUUAAUGAGCCUGAAGGAUCAGUUACGGGAUAUUGUAAAUGGUAUGAAACAUGAGAACCUGAAUGUUAGGUACAUGGUGGCAUGUGAGCUAAGCAAAUUGCUGUAUAAUAGAAAUGACGAAGUUGUUGCAUUGAUUGCCGGUGAACUUAUUUCAGACAUGGAGAUCUUGAGCUCUUUGAUCACAUCUUUACUACAGGGAUGUGCAGAAGAAUCACGAACUACAGUAGGUCAGAGGUUGAAGUUAGUUUGUGCAGAUUGUCUUGGAGCAAUAGGUGCUAUUGACCCCGCCAAAGUGAGAGUUGCUUCAUGCAACCGUUUUAAAAUCCAAUGCUCAGAUGAUGAUCUUAUCUUUGAGCUCAUUCACAAACACUUAGCAAGAGCUUUUAGAGCUGCACAGGAUACAAUCAUUCAAGACUCAGCUGCUCUUGCCAUACAGGAAUUACUAAAGAUUGCUGGUUGUGAGCCAUCAUUAGCUGGGAAUGUUGUCUUUGCGCCACAGGAACGCGUGCAACUCAAUGUAUCUGGUUCUAGAAGAUCUGGAGGUAGCAAUGAAGUGAAUGAUAGGGGACGAAAACUAUGGGACCGGUUCUCAAAUUAUGUUAAAGAACUAAUAGCUCCCUGCUUGACUUCAAGGUUUCAGCUUCCAAAUGUGUCUGACCCUGGAUCAGCUGGACCAAUUUAUCGGCCUUCUAUGUCAUUCAGAAGGUGGCUAUCCUACUGGAUAAAGAAAUUGACAGCACAUGCAACUGGAUCCCGUGCAAGCAUAUUCGCUGCUUGCCGAGGCAUAGUGAGACAUGAUAUGCAAACUGCUACUUAUCUCUUACCAUAUUUAGUUCUGGAUGUUGUUUGCCAUGGGACUGAGUCAGCGCGGCUUAGCAUUUCGGAAGAGAUCCUUUCUGUUCUUGAUGCUGCUGCAUCAGAAAAUAAUGGGGUGACAAUAAACAGCUUUGGUGUUGGUCAGAGUGAAGUUUGUGUUCAAGCUGUUUUCACGCUUCUUGAUAACCUUGGGCAAUGGGUUGAUGAUGUGAAGCAGGGAGUAGCACUCUCAUUGUCUCUGCAGUCAUCAGGCGGUAGGCAAGUAGCACCCAAAUCAAAAGACCAGGUUUCAACUUCAACAACAGAACAGGAUCAACUUCUUCUACAAUGUAAAUAUGUGUUGGAGCUUUUGCUUGCUAUUCCCAAGGUGACCCUUGCUAGGGCAUCAUUCAGGUGUCAAGCUUAUGCCAGGUCAUUGAUGUACCUCGAAUCCCAUGUACGAGAAAAGUCAGGUUCCUUGAAUCCCGCAGCUGAGAAGACAGGCAUCUUUGAAAAUGCUGAUGUAUCUUCUCUGAUGGGAAUAUAUAGCUGCCUUGACGAGCCUGAUGGUCUUGCGGGCUUUGCAAGUUUAAGCAAAUCAUUAAGUUUGCAAGACCAGUUGUUGAUAGAUAAGAAAUCUGGUAACUGGGCAGAAGUUUUUACUGCAUGUGAACAAGCUCUUCAGAUGGAACCAACAUCAGUUCAAAGACACUCAGAUGUUCUUAAUUGCUUACUUAACAUGUGCCACCAUCAGACAAUGGUCACUCAUGUUGACGGACUGAUUUCCAGAGUACCUGAGUACAAGAAAACGUGGAGCACACAAGGUGUACAAGCUGCAUGGAGACUUGGAAAGUGGGACUUGAUGGAUGAGUAUCUUGGUGGAGCUGAUGAAGAAGGUCUACUCUUCAGCUCAGAUAGUAAUGCCUCUUUUGACAGAGAUGUCUCAAAGAUUCUCCAAGCAAUGAUGAAGAAGGAUCAAUACUCUGUAGCUGAGAGAAUAGCCAUUUCCAAACAAGCUCUCAUUGCUCCUCUAGCUGCUGCAGGCAUGGACUCCUAUACACGAGCAUAUCCUUUUGUUGUCAAACUUCACUUGCUAAGGGAGCUAGAGGACUUCCAGGUGCUUCUUAAUGGGGAUUCAUAUUUGGAGAAAUCAUUUAGUACAAGUGAUCCGGUGUUUUCAAAAGUAGUAGAUAACUGGGAGAACCGGCUCAGGUUUACUCAAUCAUCAUUGUGGACAAGGGAACCUCUCUUAGCUUUCCGAAGGUUUGUCUUUGGUGCCUCUGGGCUUGGUGCUCAAGUUGGGAACUGUUGGCUUCAAUAUGCAAAGCUUUGCCGUUUGGCUGGUCACUAUGAGACAGCUCACAGGGCAAUUUUGGAAGCUCAAGCUUCUGGUGCACCUAAUGUUCACAUGGAAAAGGCGAAACUUCUUUGGAUCACUAAGCGUUCGGACAGUGCCAUUAUAGAGGUACAACAGUCUCUCCUGAAUAUGCCUGAGGGAGUUGUUGACUCCAAGGUAUUUUCUUCAAUCAAUAGCUCAUUGAUGGCUUCCCGAAAUCUCGAGCCAACAGUUCGUAGCACACAAUCUUUCAGUGACAAGAAAGAUGUUGCAAAGACUCUUCUUUUGUAUUCCAAAUGGAUCCAUUGCAGUGGGCAAAAACAAAAGAAAGAUGUUUUAAAUCUUUAUACCCAAGUCAAAGGAUUGCUGCCCUGGGAGAAGGGAUAUUUCCACUUGGCUAAGUAUUAUGAUGAACUAUAUGCUGAUGCAAGAAAGUGUCAACAAGAGAGUUUUGUGUUGAGCUCUGCAGGCAACAAAAAAGGUUCUGUCUCGUCGAACUCUGGCACUGAGAAAGCAGGGUGGGAUUACCUAUUACAGGGAAUGUACUUCUAUGCUAAGGGACUUCACAGUGGGCACAAGAAUCUCUUUCAAGCACUUCCGAGGUUGUUAACACUAUGGUUUGACUUUGGUACUGUCUAUCAGACAAGUGGUGCAGCAGUAAAUAAGGAACUGAGAAGUAUUCAUGUGAAGAUGAUGGCUUUAAUGAGGGGCUGCUUAAAGGAUCUGCCAACCUAUCAAUGGUUGACUGUGUUGCCUCAGUUGGUUUCUAGAAUCUGUCACCAGAACAAGGAAACAGUACAAAUGGUUAAGAAGAUCAUUAUUUCUGUUCUACAUCAAUUUCCUCAGCAAGGGCUCUGGAUUAUGGCAGCUGUUUCUAAAUCUGCUGUUCCUGCUAGGAGGGAAGCAGCUGCAGAAAUCAUACAAGGUGCAAGAAAAGGUUUUAACCAAAGUGACAGAGGCCACAAUCUGUUCGUUCAGUUCGCUAGUUUGACUGAUCAUUUAAUUAAACUGUGCUUCCAUGGGGGACAACCAAGAUCCAAGAUUAUCAAUAUAGCGACUGAAUUCAGUGCCUUGAAAAGAAUGAUGCCGCUGGAUAUCAUCAUGCCAAUUCAACAAUCUCUUACCAUUAGCCUACCAGCAUUCGAUAUGAACAAUAAUGAACGAAACUCUGCCAGUGUCUUUUCUGGUUCAGAUCUACCAACUAUUUCUGGUAUAGCUGAUGAAGCCGAGAUACUUUCAUCCCUUCAGCGCCCAAAGAAGAUCAUUCUGCUCGGAAAUGAUGGUAUUGAGUAUCCAUUCCUUUGCAAGCCCAAGGAUGAUCUCAGGAAAGAUGCUCGGAUGAUGGAGUUUACUGCAAUGAUAAAUCGCUUACUAUCCAAAUAUCCUGAAAGCAGGCGAAGGAAUCUAUAUAUCCGCACCUUUGCAGUAGUUCCUCUGACUGAGGACUGUGGUAUGGUGGAGUGGGUUCCACAUACACGUGGACUCCGCCAUAUUCUACAAGAUAUAUACAUUUCUUGUGGGAGGUUUGAUCGGCAGAAAACAAAUCCGCAAAUUAAAAACAUAUAUGAUCAAUGUGUUGGUAAAGAGGAGCAUGCGAUGCUGAAGACCAAGAUCCUCCCUAUGUUCCCUCCAGUUUUCCAUAAAUGGUUCUUGACAACGUUUUCUGAACCAGCUGCUUGGUUUAGGUCACGUGUAGCCUAUGCUCACACCACAGCAGUUUGGUCCAUGGUUGGGCACAUUGUUGGACUUGGUGACCGUCAUGGAGAAAAUAUACUCUUUGAUUCUACUUCAGGUGAUUGUGUUCACGUAGACUUCAGUUGCUUAUUUGACAAAGGCUUACAACUGGAGAAGCCUGAGUUGGUGCCAUUCAGAUUGACCCAGAACAUGAUCGAUGGUUUAGGCAUCACAGGAUAUGAGGGCAUCUUCAUAAGGGUAUGUGAAAUCACUCUCACAGUGCUGAGAACGCAUAGGGAGACAUUGAUGAGCAUCCUGGAGACCUUCAUCCACGAUCCUCUUGUGGAGUGGACAAAAUCACACAAAUCAAGCGGGGUAGAAGUUCAGAACCCACAUGCUCAGCGGGCCAUAAGCAGCAUCGAAGCCCGCCUACAAGGGGUGGUUGUUGGUGUUCCCCUACCGGUAGAAGGUCAGGCUCGCCGGUUGAUUGACGAUGCAGUCUCACUUGAGAAUCUUGAAAAGAUGUACAUUUGGUGGAUGCCCUGGUUCUGA